AUGGCAGGUGUGCUCUCAAGUGCUUGUUCCGCAUAGCCGGGUGUCUUUUCUGCAACACAACACCGACUAUACCACGUCUAUUCAAACGAGCGCAGAAGCGUCUUCUCCUACGACUUGUAAAGUUCUUUUUUUCAAUUUUCCCGGUUUACUUUGAUUUUCGCGCCCUUUCGAAAAGGCCGUUUUCAACAGUGGAUGUCGAAAAAUCGUUUUUUUUUCUGCAAGCUUAGCAAGAAAAGAUUCAGUCCUGCUCGGAUCUGAAGUUUUUUAAUCUGAAGGUAAAAAAAAAACCUUGUGCAGUUUUUACAACCUCGGUUUAUUUUUUUAGUUUAUUUUUUUGUUUUCUGAAGCCUCCCAGCUCCUACUUUCUUCCACUUUUCGCUUCAAUUUUUCAUUUUUUUCUGAACUUGAUAUGAAAAAAAAAUUCAUCAAUUUUUCAAGUUCCGACCCUUGACUUGAAAUAUGGGCUCGAUCAUCUUCUCACAGAGGUUUUCCAAAAAGGAACGCCUUGUACGGAGAACUUUGUUUUGCGCUUAGCACUGAAGCGGAACAAAACCGAAGCGAGUUUGUGGCGACCGAGGUGAAGAUCGCGGGUGACUGAGGGAAACAAGUGAGUUGACACGUGUUGUGGGCAUCCGGUCGAAACGCUUGAUCCACUUGCCCCAUCUGUUCCAUUUUUCAGGCUUUUUACACGCGACAACACGCCUCAUACCGCCUAUUUUUUUCGAAUUUUCUUUGAAAUUUUUUUGGACUUUGAAAAAUAUCAGAAUAUAACCUUUUUUUCCACAAAAAAAGUUUCAAAGCCACCGUAAUCUUUCUCUUUAAAAACUUUUCUACAAAAAUAAUUUCUUUUCAUUAAAUUCGUUCCUUUUUUUCUGAAUUUUUAAAAAAACAAGAAUUUCGCAUUGUGCAAGUUUUCUUAUCAGUAAAAAUUGAAAAAUUUUACUCAUUUCUGUUUUAUAAGAACCUUUUUUUCUUUCUCAUUUACACUUCAAGAUAUAUAGUAUUGAAAUUUUAAUCAUGAUUUUUUUAUUUCAUUUUUUUCUCAAAUCAAUCCUAUAAAAAAAUAUAAUCAGUCAAUAUUUUUUUAAGGCUAUUUAAGAUGAACUGCUCGGUGGCUAUUUUGGAAAUAAGAUGAUCUUCAGUUGCCCAAGAGCAGUUUGCAGAGCCCUUCACGCCGACGGCUCUUUAUUUGUCCAGUCAGAAACAUCUCCACUAUCACUUUCUCGGGCCUCAUCCAUUUGAUUCUUCUGUUUUCUUAACGUAGAUGAACUUUGGUUGUGAUUUUGAAGCUGUGAUUCAUUUCCCGAUCAGUGGAAGAUUGAGAAAUUUUUUCAUACGUCCGUUCACAGGACAUUUUUUCUGUAGAAAAAUGAGGUCAAUCAUGUCUUGAUUUUUUGCUCGGUUUUGCAUUUCACUUUCAGAAAUGAUCUGUCAUUCUCAAAAUCAACCUCAGUUCAAGGUUGCGAUUCAUAUAACUUCCGCCAUUCGGAUGUUUGUCCGACGCGGCAUCUGUCACUAACCACUGGGUCGUUUUUUUUAUUUCAAAUUAUAGAGGCUCUGCAUCGUCAACACAAGGUCACAUAACCACCGUUCCAAUUGUUUUUUUUUCUGGUCGUUGAGAACUUUUUUGAACUCGAAACAUCUAGUUCUUGACGAAAACAUGUGUUUCUGUUCCAUAUAAUGGGCUAAAGGAGUUUCUCAAAUGCCUUCUUGCGCCGAAAACUGAGUCCUAAGCAAUCUCCAAACUUUGUAAUUUUUUGUGGGUUUUUGAUCGAAAAAUGAUGAAAAAUAUUCAUUCAAACUCAUUUGUUAGUACUUCAAGUUCUAUCCCUACUGCGAACCUUUUUUGUCAAUUGUGAAGCUCUCAGCUGAAUCAAUAAUUUUCCUUAUUUUUUCUACCUUAUUUUUUGAGAAAAUCCUCCUCCUCGAAUAAAAUUCACUUUUUUCUUUUAUCAACGACAUCUUUUGUUUCCACUGGAGAAGCGCUGGCCAUUGCGGCGGACGUAAUCUCUUGUUGGAUCAAGUCGGAGGAGCCCACCCGCAGUGCGUGGCGACCUCUUCGGCGCCUAUUCAAUUCCCAUAAAUGUCCGUUUUGUUCAAAUUUGAGAGCGGCCGGCAGUAAUGAGGCACAUCUUCACAUCUUGGUUCUUCUCGUUGGGACAUCCCACUUUUCGAUUUUGUGCCUAUUGAAAACUCUUCUUGCUUUUUUUUUCCAUAGCGAAUCUUAAUGGAAACGUUCAGAUUUUUUCUUAAAAUAUGAUCAGAGUCCAAAUUCUGGAAUCUACUGAAAAAAUUUUCAUUCAAAACUACUCUAAAAACUACUUUUGCGGAAGAUCUAAUUGCUUUUCCUUUUUUAAAAAUUUUUAUCUUCUUUUUUUAAAAUUUGCUUUUAUUCUAGUUCAAUAUUCUGUUUGCCAUUGUUUGAAACUUUUUAAGCUCACACUGAACGGAGUAAACGAUUCUUUAUCUUGUGUGAUCUAUUUUUUUUGUUAAUAAACGAAAUGUUCUUUUAUUUCAUUAUCAUCAUUUUUUCCAUGUUGUAUUUCAGCGAUGGAGCUGAAAGUGUUGGUAGAAGGAGUUGAACGGAGCGUUUCCGGCGUCACAAUGAACACGACGUGCUCCCAGAUCAUCUACGCCCUGGCAAACGCCACCUGCCAGAGGGGUCGUUUUGUUUUAGUGGAGAAGUUCCGAACAGUGGUUUGUUUUUUUUUUCAUUUCUCACUGGAAAUGUGUGAUAGCAAUUUUAAAAUUUUACAAGAACUUGUGAAAAAAAAUCUAUCCUGAUUAGGAGUUGUUUCUUAUGUUUUAAGUCGUGUUAUAGAGUUGAAAAACGUCCACUUCUUAGUCUUACUGAUAACAUAAGCUUCGAGACAUUAAAACUCGACAAGCUAAAGUGGUAAAUAUUUUUGUGGCCUGGAGUCAUAAAGGCUCAAAGUACAGCUGCGCAAUACUUUCGUCCAUUUCUCCACAGAUCACAAAAAACCCUUUUCUAAAAAUGAAAUGUUCGAAACUUGAUAAUUUUCCAUGAACUGAUGAAACGAGAAAAACUUCUAAUGGAUCUGUAAAUAUGAUUACUCUUGUAGGAGCGACGAAUGGCGCCAAACGACAAACCUCUGCAGAAUCUUCGUAUGUUGCGAGAUCAUGGGGCUAACGUGACGUUCAUAAUGAAGAAAAUCGAGAGAGAUGGAAGUGACUCUCCAUCGCCAAGUAAUAAUUUUCAUUCUACAUUCCCCUGUUCCAUUGCGCGAGUCUUUUGCUGAGUUAUCGUUCCCCUGGAUCGAAUCUUAGGGUUCAACAAAAAGUUGAUCAAGAGGUAUUAUCUUGAUGCGAAAAUUCAUAUCAGAUGAGGAAAUCUUGUAAUACAUUCAGUAAAGACUUGAAUAAAAUUUGAGUUACGAACAAUAAAAAAUGAACUAAAGAAAAAGUUACAGACAUUUUUGCAAUAUUUUUCCUAAUCUGUCGGUAAACGAGCCAAAAAAAAAUGGAUCACAGCCAACCAUUUACCGUGAUAAUUUUCAGAACAUCCAGAAUACUUGACUUCAAUGUCCGCCGGAAGUUCUGUUCGCCACUCUUCCGUCCACAGAGCAUCGUCAGGUUUUUUUUUUCUUUAUCUGCAGACCUACAUUUCAAGUGAAUUUUGUGAUAAAAACUGAAAGCUUCGAACAUUGCCAUGAAUGGUUUCAGUGGAAAAUGGGCAGGCGGCGGUUACUGUCGACGCCGGACAAAGAAGCCAAGGCACGUCGGCGUCUUCUUACAGCAGCGGCACCUUGCCGCGAAAUCGCCCUCCCCCUCCCGGUGCGUCUUCUUUUUUCUUGUUCAUUAAGUACAAAACAGAGCAUUUUUAUGUUUUAUCUCGAGAUUCCACAAAAAUGCCCCAAUAAUUCUCAUAUUUCUCCAUUAAAAAUUCUCUCAUUCAAGCUUAUCGGUUGCACAGGCCUAAAAGCCUAAAAAUUUUUCGACUGGGGUUUUUUUUUUUUUGAUUCUCCGAUGUUUCAACUGCCGCGAGUUUCAAAAAUAUCAAAUUUUUCAGAUUACAACUCAGUGAUGCAGAAAAAGCAAGCUGGAGCGACGAGGAGAACUGUUCUUUCCGAUUCUAUGUUCCAAUACGACUACAUUUCUCUUAUAGAUUCUAGAGGGUAAAUUCCAAAAUUCAAGUUUUUUUUUUCCAUUUCCAUUUUGUUCCAGUGAGUUCACUGAAAAAUACAAAGCGAAUGAAGCACGUCGAUUGGCCGAAGAGGAAUGUGCAGCCGCUGAAGAAGAACUUCGUCAGAUUAUCAAGCAGCAGGUGGGCUAUAACUGUUUUCCGUGAAAAUCGACUAACUAACUUUAGAAGAAAAAAAAAUGUAAAAUUUCAACUUAAAAAAAGCCAAUUUACCUGAGUAUUUUUUAAAAUAAGAAUUGACUAUUUUGUGGUUAAAAACCGCCUUUUUUUUUGGAGUCCAGUUGUGAGUCAAAAAAAAAUGCUUGGAUAAAAUUUUUUGAAGUUUUGAGAUCUUGGCUAAAAGUUUCGAGAAACUUCAUCUCAGUUAUUUUUUCAGAUCAACCUCCGCGCCAUUUUGACGCCGAUGAUUUCCGCAAACUGGCCUCAAAUCUACUUACAAGAAAUCAACAGGUCACAUAAAAUUGGGGCGUCUGUUGAAGCUACUCGUGAAGCUUUGGAUAAAACUAGAUCGUGAGUUAUUUUUCUAAAUGACAAGAUUUUCAUUAUUCGGAAAUUACCUCUUUCAAUCUGUAAAAAAAAAUCUUGAAAAAAAAAAAUUUGAACCCAUUUCCCAUUAACUUUGCCGCCUUUUUUCCUCUUGAAACACAAAAUUUGUUUCAAAGGGAAUCUUCUAUACAAUUUUUUCAGAAAUGUAUUAACUCAUUCUUAACGGUUUGCAGGGACCUGCAACGAAUUCUGGAAACCGAAAAAGACCUGCUGUCCCAAAUCUCGCUCAUGGAUGAAGAAGAAGUUUUGGAAACUUCCCUAGACUUGAACACUUCUAACAGCAGUACCCCACAAAAACUUGCCGUCUGA